UUAAGUAUUUGUUUUUUGUUUACGUAGAUCUGGCCAUAAUAAAUUAUUUCAAUACGACUUAUUGCAUUAAGUGGGUGGUAUAAUGAGUAUAAGAUUCAGUAGAUUUUUAUCUUCUCUUCAAAGAUAACAAUAAUCUCAUGGCUCAAGGAUGGCACAUCAACAAAAUGGGUUUGACUACACAAGUAAAGACAGAGACCUGCCAUACUGGCUUGAAAACCUUACCAAGGAGAUGAAAGAGACGCAUAUUAAGAACAGUAGUAGUGAUUCGUCUCCAAUUUUUGAGGAACCAAAAUAUUUUGAAAGUUCCAAAUUAGAGAAUCGCAGGUUAACGCGCAGGACAUCAUUGGAUACAACAAUGGAUAUGUUAAUGAAACCGCAGUUGGGAUCAAUAGCUCACUCCGCUGGUACUUUACGUCCACCUAAAGAAUAUAUUCUAGCGUAUAGCCAAAACGGACGGCGGGUUUAUAACGUGAGAGGUAAACUAGACUGGGGGGACUCGUCGAAUGCCAACUCCAACGACUUCCUAUCGGAUCUGCUGCCUCACUACGUGACGCCUCGUCAUAGACGCGCCAAUAACGUCACUGAUGAGGAUUUUCAUGACGUCAUUUUAGGGCCAAGACCUCAAGAGCCUAAAACCCGUAAAAAACUAAUUUCUAAAGAUGGAUCGAUAAAUUUACAACAAAAUAAUGUAGUUAAAAGGCCUAGUGUUAAGAAUCCGACCAAGAAACCAGCGUCGUUAAGCUCAGUACCAAUCAAGAACGGCCAAAAGGAGAAGGUUAAAAACGAGUUUGUGAUUCCGGAACUACCUGAAGGCAGAUUAUUGGAAAUGAAAAUAUUUUCCAACUGGGGUGAUAAGUACUUGGUUGGAUUGAAUGGCCUAGAACUGUUUGAUUCAAGCGGAGACCCCGUUGUUGUUGAAAAAGUAAGCUUCUUAUGAAUACCCGCAAACCUCGCAGGCAAAUGAAUACCA